UGGCCGCGCCGUGGAUCGCAGCCUGGCGCUACAGCUCGCUUGCCAGCAGCUGUUCCCCGUGCUGCGGCAAGCGUUCGAGGACCGUUGGGUGACUACGCAUGCUGCCUGGUGUGGUUGUGUUUGCGCCUCUAGCAUUCUGCUGGAUGGCAAUGAGAAGCUCGAGGAGCAUUUGCUGCAGGUUCAUGCUGCCCGCUUGCGCGACCGCCGGCGGCAGAGGUGGCAGCCGCGUGCAGCGCGGACUCCGCCUGCACAAGUGCGGGCGCCAGAGGCGGCUGACUGCAACACCUGCAAAGCCCGCAGCGUCCGCGCCUGCCAGCGUGGCGGCAUCCUUUGUGCGACCUUCGGCUGUGGCAUUGUCAUGCCUCCCCAGCGCUUCCACGUGGCUGAAUCUUUGCCGCAGGUAGCAGCCUACGUGGAGCACCUGCUGCGAAUCAAUCCAGGCGUGGCUGCGGCCCCGCUGCUGCCUGUCAUCAGCAAGGCACCUGGAACACCGACUGUGUGCUCCUCACCUUUGCCGACCCUGCUGGAUCCGGCCUCUGGCGUUGUUCCUGCGUCCGGGGAUGCAGCGGCCAGCGUGCGUUUCCCGGGAGACUCUCGAAACCUUACAGCCGCUCCUCCAGCGGGAUCCGCGGGCAGCAAAAGGCUCCCCGCCGCCGCCCGCAUCUGGACGACUUCUGCUUCGUCGCUCCUCUUGUUUGGGUCCGGGCCGGAGCUUUCAUUGAUGCCGUGCAUCGUGGAUCAGAGAGUUCUACAACCCUCCGGCUGUGGCAG